AAAUCACAUAAUGGAAUAUUUUACUAUAAAAAGAUGUCCUGCUGUGACAAUUACGAGAAUCGUAACGGAAAAUGUGAACCGUGUGCUAUCGGGUUCAUCUCAGCUGCUGAAUCAACAUGUGUACCAUGUCCAAGAAACACAUUUGGUAUGAAAUGUGCAGAAUACUGCCACUGCAAAUUAGAUCAGAGAUGUGAUAACGAAAUGGGAUGUAUCAAAGUGGAACAAACAACAUUGCUAACAACCAACGAUACUGCAAAAAGUGAAGAAUAUUUGGUUACCAAUUUGACACAAACAACAUUAUCAUAUCAAGAGGGCACAACAAACAUACUACGUCCCAUUAUAUCACAGAUUAAAAUCCAGAACCACAGAGACAUUUUGAAUGGUACCCACCCAUACAUUCCAAGAGGUUAA